AUGGGUUAUUUGAGUUCUGGCUUCGGGAUUGUUCAUACAUUUUUGUUGAUUUUUCGUGUUUCCAAAGCUAGUGAAGAUAUUGCUUUACCACCAAAAUUCUUCAAUGUGAUGAAACUAUGGUGCAGUAAGGCAUUUCUCAAAGCAUGUGAAUAUGGUGGGAGAAGUAGGGUUUUAAUCCCUCAAGGAACAUUUAUGUUGAGAUCUGUGACCUUCCAAAGGAGGGUGAAAGGGUUCCAUGGCCUUUUUCCGAUCGAUAGUUCCAAGUUACUAACACUUGGAUUGGUUUUCGUCACCGGCGAUGAUUGCAUAGCCAUGAUUGCCGGCAGUCAAAAUAUGGACGUAUCCAAUGUUUUUUGGGGGCCGGAACAUGGCAUCAGUAUUGGAAGCCUAGGUAAAGACCAUCAGAAUGAUUAUGUACAAGGAAUAAGCAUAAGAAAUUGCACCAUUGCAGGGACCGAAAAUGGUGUGAGAAUCAAAACAUGGUCACCAUCUUUAAACAAUGUUAUGAGAUUUGAGGACAUUGUCAUGCAAAAUUCCAGCAACCCUAUUGUCAUUGAUCAGCAAUAUUGCCCUCGUCCCUUUUGCGCUCCCGAGGCAAGAACAAAUUCCAUUUUCUGA